UUUUGACGAAAAAAUGUGUUUUCGCGGUUUUGGCGGAAAAAUGUGUUUUUCGGUUUUGGCGGAAAACGCGUUUUUCGGUUUUGGCGGAAUAAUGCGUUUUUGGCGGAAAAAUGUGUUUUGCGGUUUUGGCGAGAAAACACAUUUUCUGGUUUUGACGGAAAAAUGAGUUUUUGCAGUUUUGGCAGAAAAACACAUUUUUUCCUAAUCACCGAACAAAGGAUUAAACUUUAGAGAAACCCACGAUUUCCCAAUUUUAUCAAACCCUAGAAAGCUAAUGAUUGCACGAAAUCAGAUUAAUGCAGCGAUAGAGAAAGUAAAACUGAAUCGUGGGCUUGGAAGAGAAUUUGGUUUACUCAUGGUUUUUUUAAUUGAUAUCUCAACUAAUAAAUCAGAAGAAAAAAAAUAUGUUUAAAGUGAGAAAAAAAAAACACAAUUGAGAAAUCUGUAAAUCUAUUCUCUAGUAUUAACAGUUCUUUCAAUUCAGUGGAAAAUUUGAUCAUGUUCUUAGAUCUUGAAUCAUUGAAAUCAGAUCCUAUUGGUGCAAAAAUCCUGACACUAGCAUGAACUGCAUAGUCCAUGAAAUCGCCUCAAGUUCUGUACUUAAUAAUGAUAUUCUUCUCUGAUGGUUUCUGGCUCUCAAAAUUGUAUUUUCCCUCUGUGUUAUGUGUCCAUAACCUUUCUAAUGUUAUGAUAUAUUGUUAUAGUUUGUAACUUAACUGCUUAAAUAAUAAUCUAAAUCUAUGAUAUAACAUUUGAUAAAAAAAAAAAAAAAAUCUAUGAGAUAACAUUUUAGAAGUUAGAGGUUGAAUUACUUUCCACUUAGUAAUUUUGUAAGACUGUAUCACAUAAUACAAAGAAACAAAUGAUAUGGUCACAUUCUAUGGAUGAAAUAAGCUAAUUUUGGAUCUUGGAGUUCCUCGAAGCAAACAUGUUUUUGUUUUGUGACAGUAAAGCCGUCAUUAACGUGGUUGUUAGUUUUGCUUUAUACAAAUGAACAAAACAUAUUAAAAUUGAUUGUUAUGUUGGCCAUCAUACUAUUUAAAGAAGGUCUCAUUUCCACCGUUCCUUUUUGAACUCAGAUUCUUGAUGAUAUAGUCCAAAUUGGGCCUCCUCAAUCUUUAUAAGCCACCAUGAAAACCUGUUAAACCAUUUUCAAUGGUUAUUCUAUUUUUCUUUAAAAUAGGAUAACUAAAAAAGUUGAAUUUUACAACAAUAAUAUUUUAUUUUAAAGUAAAAAAUAGAGUGACAAACAAAAAAUAAAUGAAAUAUUCUUUUUUUUUAUAAAUGAAAUAAAUGAAAUGUUCUAUUAUAAUGUAAAUCCAAUUUUACUCUAUUAUAAAAUGAAAAAUGGAUUAGAACUAAAACUUUUUUACUAGCAAAACAUAAAAUGAGGUUAAAGAUGUUUUAGAGCAUCAUUAUCUAAAAAACGAAAUAUUAAUAUUUUAUUUAUUUUAAAUUAGUUAGCUGUGUGAAAAAUAUUACUUGGAUAUUCAGAGUAUUCGUGUGAGAAUUUACCACUGUACAUUCUCUAGAUAUAUCGUGACAUGUUUGUUAGAAUUUUAGAAUAUAUAUAAAAAAUGAAAUCAAAUGUUUGUAAGUCUUUUUAUAUCCACAUUUAUCCUAAUAUAUAUAUAUACAAAGAUUAGAAACAUUUGGUACCGUGUAUAUACAAAGACUAGAAUAAUUAUUUUCCUGUUGAGCUAGCAGCCUAGCACUAUCGUUUGUAUUUAAAAAUACCUUUUGUACCUUGACCUCUUAAUAAUACUAAAGAAAUUCUCAAAAAAUAUUUUAUAAUUUGGAUUUAAAAACUAAAAAAUAUAUAAGAUAUACGUACUAAUCGUCAAAAUCAAAUAAAUGGGAGUCUAGUUUAGCAAAGAAGGAAAAGCCAGAUCACAGAGCUCUACAGUGUUCUCCCAGACAUCCACCGUCUCUCGUCUCGCUUUGUUUCGAUUGACUUCCGUCUCAUCCCUCGUUCACAGAACAGGGUCGCAGACAUCCUAACUAAACAAGUCCUUAAAGCCCAGUACACUUAUCUUCUGUUUUGUAACUUUAGCCCACAGAUUUGAACUCUGUUUUCGCUUUUUAUUAAAAAAUUCGUCGUUCAAAAAAAAGUUUAGCAAAGAAGGAAAAGGAAAAUAUUACAGGGAAGCAAACCUAACAUGCAAAUGCUUACAACUUUCCAUGAAUAUCGAACACUUUAUUGCGGAGGGGCUUGCGAACAUUAAUAUUAACCAUCAAUUAAUAUUAUAACUCAAAUAAUAAAAAUAACAAAUAUAUAUAGAGUAUGCAUCUCAAACCAUCACCAACCUUUUUCUUGCAAAACUACCAUUCAUUUUCCGUUUUCACAUGUUUAUGUCUCUUCCUUUCUUAGAACAAUAGAUUUCAUUCAGUACGAUAUUCUUACACAUAGUUCUGAUUCCACUUUUCACAUAUGCAACUGAUCAUUUAAAAAUGAAGAGUCCAAAAUCAAGGGUAUGAGCGAGACAAAUCCUCUCAUACCCCUAUAUCUCAUAACACAAUUUCAAAAGGAUCCGUUUGUUCUUUUAAUUUUAUAUGUCAAACGAAAAAUCAUAAAAUUAAAAUGGAAACGUUAAUAUUUUUUAUUUGAUUUAUAGAAUUUGAUAAAAAUAUUUAAAAAAUCCAAAAACGUUUUUUCUAUAUUUUCAAAAAAAUCAUCAAAAUAUAAUUAAAAACGAUUUUAAAAUAUUUUUUUUUUAAUUUGAAAAAGUAUAGAAUUUAAAUAUUUGCCCAUGGGUUCACUAAUCCAUAGGGGGGGGUUAGGGUUUAGUUUUGAUGACCGGGAAGGAUUUAAUUUGGAAGUUUGGAUUAUGAUCAAAAAAAGAAUUAUGUAAUAGGGGUAUAAGAGACUCUAGAAACCCAUAGGAGAUUUGGCAUUUCAUAUUUGGAGGCACGCCAGAAGUUGGCUCGGUAUGAGCCCAUGUAACAAUAAUUAAGAUAAUUACUAGCUACACGAACAAUAUACCACCUGACUAUACUAACUAUAUAAAUUAUAUGUCAACAUCUCUCUCAACUACUAUGUGUUAUCUUACUAACAUUGUCAGCAUAACUUCGGUAGACAUAAAAGUGUAUUGGAUUUGUAACUCGAUAUUUUUCCAUAAUGCUUUAUAUAUUUAAUAUGUCAUCUCAUAUUUUUUAUGUAUAACGUUGCAUUUUUAAUGACUGAUCCAUAUGUUUUCAUUUUUUUGAUCAUUUGGAUAUGUCUUAUAUAUGUUUCGUUUCUCAAAGAAAUUUUUGUUGGGUGUGUCAUAUUCUAAAUCUGGCAUAUUUUUCUAAUAUAAAAAUUAUAUUUAUUGUAUUAAUAACAUAAAACAUAUUAGAUUAUGGAUAUUGUCAUGAUUCAUAUAGUUCGUAUAAUUUUUCAUACAUUACUUUUGUCUAGAUGUGUGAUGAUAUAGUAUAGUUUAAGCUUCUUCGAUACUCAACUUUGAGUUACAAAACAUUAACCUACAAUUAUAAACUCUAGUUAUCACUUUCAUUUUUCGACAUCGCAAGGGAGAUAAAGAACAAUAUGCCAUAUAGAUUAAAUCAUAUACUACUAAAAGUGAUAUAAAAUAAAAUUUUAAUAUUGUAAUUCAUAUAAUGACCUAAUAAUGGUACUAGAAUAAAAUAUUUAUGUAUAUAAAUAUCUAUAUAGAUAACUCUUGGGUUACAAUCAUUAAUUAAGGGCUAUAGUCUAGCAGUUUGUUUUUGUGGAAAAAACAUUGAAGUACACUUUGUCCUUAAAAUAUUACUUAAGCAGAUAUCAUAACUCUACUCAUUAUUACGGUGCCAAAAAAAAAUCAUUAUUACGGUGAAGCAAAUAUAAUUCCAAUCUAUAUAUAAGCAUCAAAUACUAUGCGUAAACCUACAUCUAGAUUCACACAUCGAAUAACUAAGAACAAUAUGUCAUUCAAAUAAAAUCAAACACUAGUUAUUGUUUCCAAUGAAUCAGACAUGAGAUAGUAAUUGUACGAUAAUAAGAUAUUUCGGUGGUAUAUAUAUAAUAUAGGUCGUCGAUCGAUUACAAAGUUACAAUCAUGGGGUCUUGCAUGCUCCAAGAACAGUAAAGUUACGGUCGUUUUCUAUCAAUAACUUAGAAACAUCGGAAUCAAUCGCCUAAGUCCAAUUUGUCUUUAAAUAGCCACAUUUUCAACCUCAAAACUAUAAUCAUUAUUAUUAUUUUCAUAUUACUUCUUGCGUUCAAACACUUAUAAACCUAAGCAUAGUAUAUAUAUAUAUAUAUAUAUAUAUAUAUAUAUAUAUAUAUAUAUAUAUAUUAUUUUAGAUAUGGCAAAGACCCUUCGUGUGAUUUACCUUUUCCUUAGUAUUCUCCUUUUCAGCGAAUUCAUCGGCGAGGCACAGGGUAGUUGUUUGAGGCGUCAUCAUCCACAGGAUUAUUCAUGCAAGAAACGUUCUAGCCAUCAUCAUCAUAAUCAUCAUCAUUAUCACAAGGAUAAUCCGAAUGAAUCAGAGAGUCUGCAACGAAGCAUCAAGACGAGGAGGGGCAAAGAUCUUUACCGUGUUGAUGCUUUCCGGCCCACCGCGCCAGGGCAUAGUCCCGGUGUUGGCCACUCGAUCAAGACUUGAGAAGUUUGAAGUUCUUAAUCUUGGUUUAUUAAAAUCUAUAAAUCUCCUGCUCUUUGUCAUUUUGUAAAUAAAUAGAUUGCGGUAUUUAUUCUCGAAUCUCUACCAUUUCUAAAUUUUAUAUUGUCGAUCAGUGUUAGUAUAUAUCUCGCGCACGGUUCUAUUAUUUACAAGAGGUGUCUUUUUUUGCUAACUGAAAAAUGUUUACAAGAGGUUAUUUCAUAUAUAGCCAAAACAGUAUUACAAAAAAAAAAACUCAAUCUCUAUAUAUACUCUCGGGCUUAUGUAUAGAGAUAUUUCUUAGAAUCAUCGAAUGGUUCAAGGCCGAUAAAAAAAAAGUAAAUGUGAAGAGGAUUCACAGCUAUGUUAACUUUAUGUGUAUCCGAUACUUUUACACAAUAAUAAAAAUAUUUGAAAUGCAAUCUACAAAAAAAAUAUAAUAAUUGAGUUGUAAGUUUCGUGUAGCUACAAGAUGUUUUCUGACGUAUACAAAAUUACAAAUAGUGUUGGAGUUAGGCACUUAACUAAAGGUUAGUACAUACGUCAAUUUCAUUUAGCUAACUGUGUUACAACUUUAAGAUAAGUUAAUCUUAAAUAUUUCAUAUAUAUCUGAUCGUUUAUUAGGUAUUUAAUAGGAAAAUAUCUUCCAUUAGCCAUACAUCAAUCCCUUAAUUAGAUUAUGAGUAAGGGUAAACGAUUAGGUAUAUUUCAAUUUCUUUUAGUAAGAUAUGUACAAGCAGUGAGGAAUCAACAUCACUAUAAAAAGAAAAAGCUUUACAAAUCUGAAAUAACACAACUCAAAAUGAUUGAUUUUGUGCAAUUGUAAUCUUCGAUAGGCUCCACAAAAGGAAGGGCGUGUGAUGCCAAAAAAAAA